AUUAACAAUCUAAUGGAGGCAUGUAGGAGCACUUGCGACGCUUCAAUCAAAACUAUAUCUAGAUGUAGUAUUUAUUUUGCAACUCAUCGACAUCGACAACAUGCAAGGCCGGCGUCAGCUAGAAAACGACAGCAUCCCCAGCCCCUGCCCUUUUUCAGAUCAUCACGGAGCACCCUACCUCGACCACAAGCAACUGCUGAAGAGGCUGGCAGUGAAGGCUUGCAAGCACCAGAGUUCUCCUGCCUAAUGGCAGUCAGAGACUACGAGCUGGACCAGUACGGGGUUGUCAACAACGCUGUCUACUCUGAUUACCUCCAACACGUGAGGCACGAAUUCCUGGAGCACAUUGGCCUGGACGCUGAUGCAGUCGCCAGGUCAGGCGCUGCUCUGGCCCUCAGCGAGCUCAACAUGAAGUUCCUGGCGCCUCUGCGCUCAAAGGACCGCUUCCGAGGCACACUUAAAGUCACCAAAGCAACCGUGGGCAGGGUUGUCAUGGAGCAGCAAUUCAUC